GUAUGAUCCAGUUUCUUCUAAAAUGGAGGAAACGACUGGAAAAGAGGAAGAGCUCCAAAAAUUUCUCGGAAAAGUUGAUGAAAUUGGUAAGAAAAGUCUUUUUCGAAGGUUGUGAUUGCAUCUACAGAAAUAGAAAACGUCAGGGCGCUAACUGAGGGCCCUGAAUUCGAAACCUCACAAGAACUGAAAUCAACAGCUUGGGUCUCGAUCUGUUUCAGGCCUAAGCUAUUAAGGUUAAUCUGUUACUUGUAUAGAAUUUGUACGUUGUAUCUCUAAAUUAUCAGCAGAUUAGUGAACAUUAGUAACCUAUCUUCUAAGUAAAUUUGCUGCUCUUUUAAAAAGACGAAUCAUAGCCACAAGUUUCUAAGAAAACCUGUAUCAUAAUCACCUCCAUCUAAAAGUUUGUGUACACUGCUUCAUGUCCAGUAACAUUUUAGCUACGUAGUUACGUGUAGUAGAGGCUGGAGUGGUUUCAAAAGCUGAUUAUAAGCUUAAUUGGAUGGUAAAGUAAAGUUGUAUCUGUGAUCAUAUUUUUUGUGCCAGGUUUAAGGUUAGUAUUGUGGGUUAGAUCUAUAUGUACAGUUUUUGACUCAUCCAUAUUUUGGAUGUAAACAUUUAUUGUCAAGGGCAUGUAUGCAAGAAAAAAAUGUUGAAUGUAAAAUUUCCAUAGCUAAGCCAUACUAUGGAUCACUUUUUUUUAGAAAAUAUAUCAACAGAAUAGGACACUUCAAAAAGAAUACUCAAGCCAAUAUGCAACCCUCUUGCCUGAUUGCUUAUAGAGUCAAUUGCAAAUUAACCAAAAAAUACCUAUCAUUACAGACUCUAUCAUGAAAGACCUGACAUGUGGCGACCUUGAAAGACAAAAUAAGGCUCUCACAGCUGCAGAUGAAUUUUUAAAGCGACAUAAAGCAGAAAAUGGUGAAGAUUCUGAAGAAGAAUGCAGGAAAGUUAAAACCAAGUCAGACAGAACAGUUAUUUCUAAGAGCAAAGAAAAAAGGAGGCUGGAUCCUUCUACUGCUUUAAAUCAGAUGGUGAGAUUCUGUUUCCAUAAAUAAAGAAGUGCUUGGAAAAAUCUUCGGUUAAUUUGUGAUCAACUGGUAGUUUCUCAUUUCAAUUUUUACGUUAACCUAAUUAACCCUGUUAAAGCCAUAUCUAUCACUUUCCGUCACACAAUACCUACAAAAAUAAUGUUAAUUGCAUUAACGAUAGUUUUUCUUUUCUUUUUUAUAAUAAACAUUAGCGAGAUGCAGGUGAAGUUUGUGCUGGUAAGAUGUAAUUUUUUUUAGUUUUAUUUUUUUUUGCUCCUGCAAAGAACUUUCAUAAGACUGUAGUGCUAUUAUAAUUUUGGUAUCAACUCUUUUACUUUGGGAGAUGGCCAAAGCUGAAUGGUCAUGCUUUAGGACUUUGUCCACAGACUAAAUGAACUGAACCACAGGAAAUUAAUGCUUAAGAGCUUUCAUUUGAAAUGGUCUCACUUAGGGAAAGUUCAUUUAAUAUGACAAGGGGGAUGAAGAUAUUGAGGGGACUCUCACUAGAAAAAUUUGUUGCGCUUAGGACUUGAAAAUUUGUAUUUCAAAACCAACACAUGACAUCAUCAUACAGAUCGGAUGGUUUUCAACUCAACAAUUUAAUGACCUGUGCAGCUCAGCUAUAUCACGUGGUUUACAGAUAUAACAAAUGUAGUCUCAGUAAUUAUUAUACUCUUGUUCAUCCUAAAAAUGCUUUAGAAAAUUGUAUCACAACGGUAUCUCAAGUUUGUCAUAGUAUAAACCAUUGAAGACAAUAACGGUAAAUAUAUUUAAUACAGUCUAGAGAUCUUUUUUCAGGGGAGCAAAGGAAUUGAAGGAGGAGGGGGGGGCUCUGAAAUUUUUUCGACUACCAAGGAGGGGGCUCCUAAAAAAUUGAACCGCUGGCGAGGGGGGCUGCUAAAAUUUCAAGCUUCGAGUUUCAAUAUCUUCAUCCCCCCCCCGUUGUCAUAUUAAAUGAACUUUCCUUAAAAAUUUUAUGCAAGGACUUGAACUUUAGAAAUACAGUCGACUCUCUCAAUGGACACCUCUAUAAGAUGGACACCUCUGUAAAACAGACACUUAGAGUUGGUCCCUGCCUUUCUUUACUCCUUUUAUUUGACUCUCUAUAAGACGGACACCUCUCUAAGACAGACACUUAGUGCCGGUCCUAAAGGUGUCCAUCUUAGAGAGAGUUGACUGUAGAAAUGUUUCCGUAAUACCAUGUUGACAUAAGUUUUUUGUUUUGAUGUCAUCAAUGAAUCACCUAGGUUGGCUAUCAACCUGUUGAAGUCUGAGUUGGAAUAAAAGAGCUUUUUUGUUUUGAUAUAUUAAAACAGAGCAGUUUAUGAAAGCAGUUGAAGAAGAUGCCAAAGAAAGAGCGAAGAUCAGAAAGAGAAAUGAAUCUGAAGCUGAAAAAUUAAAGGCAAAGGGAAAUGAAGCUUUCAAGGAGGGAAAAUUUACAGAAGCCAUCAGCAAUUACACCAUGGCAAUCAAUAAAUUUAGUUCAAAUCCUGUUCUUUAUACCAACAGGGCACAGGUAAUUUUAUUAUUCCAAAAAUUCCAACCAUCGGAACAAUGUAUUAUUAUUAAAAAAGAAAACUCAAUUAACUUUAUUUAGCGAAGGUAACACUCUAAGCUGAGGGGCCUCUAAGUGUCCCCAACUAAAGGAAGUCAUUUUUCCAGAUUGAACUUGAAGGAAUUUGGACAUGUUAGUUUUUGAGGAGGGGGUAGACACAAAGUAUGUGCAGAAUUUUAACCUAAAAAAGUUCAUGCAGAAAUAUAUUCUUUAGUAUCAGACUGCAGUUGCAUUUUCUUUCUGUGCGUAAUCUUCAACAUACAAGUCUUGGUUACCGUUAAUCUAUUUUAUUACUUAUACUGUGCCAGGAUUAGCUCAGUCAGUAGAGUGCUUGACUGCAGAGCAGUAGGUCAUGAACCCGGGGCCAGAACAAUACUCAAAGUCUUAAAACAACUGAGAAAUGAAGGUACUCUCUUUGCCCUGCAAACAGCGAGACCUUCGCGUGGCUUGGAUGACCACAUAAAAUGGCCAUCCUGUCUCCACAAGGGGAAGCAAAAAUAGUGUCCUCCAAUUAGUACUUUUGUGCUAAAAUACAUUGACACUCAAAUAAAGUGCAUUUUUUUUAACGCCUUAGGCAUACAUCAAACUUGAAGACUUUGACUCGGCUAUAGAAGAUUGCAAUCUUGCUUUAAAGGCAAGUGCUCUUACAUGUUAAGAAAUAUUCUUAUCUGUCACAUUGUUAACUUAGUAUUAGUCAUCACUUUAAAAUCAAGUAAUUCUCUUAUUUAAACUUGAUGUGAAUCUGAUAUUACAGUUUUAUUUACACUUAUUAGAUUGAUGAAAAAUGCGUAAAGGCUUUUGUUCAUAAGGCAAGAGCAUUGCAAGCGCAAGGAAAAUUUGAUGAGGUAUGGUUGCCUUUAUAUCCUGUUUACACUUUUUUUAUACCAUGCACAAAAUAGGAUUGCCAUUUCUUGUAAUGAAAGUUUCCAUAGUUUCCAUGACCAAUUUUGGCAUGGCUUAACUUAAUUUUUGAUCCCGAAAAGAGAUCAUUUUAACAUUAGAUGAUGAACCUGUAAGCACUGUCAUGAAUGAUCCGUAUACGUAAUAAUAAACCACCUUCACAUUAUAGCAGUUUUUUGUACUAUUUCUUGUACACUGCCCUAGGCAUUACAUAUCUGCAUGGAAAAAAAAUGACAUUCCAAACUGAACACCUUUUCUGGUACCAAAAUCGGCAAAUUUUUCUGCAAGAGUGACCCGGUUCUCUGGAAACUACUGAAUCAGUGAAUGAGGUUCUGUGGUUGUUUUUCUCCAGGCAGUGACAGUGUUGAAGGGUGCUAUUCAAGUUGCUCCAAAGCAAGAAAAGGUUCUUAAAGGUACCCUAGUAUUGUAGGUGUUCUUGUAUUUAAAAAAAUGGGGAAGAGGGAAUACCAGUAUUUUGACAAUUAAGGCUAGCGUCAGUGUUGGUCUUUGUUAUGUAGGCAUUUCAUGGUUACACCUAAGCAUCUUUCUGAUGAAGUUUAGUUGUAUUUGAGUACAACCAGGUUGUUUUCUCCUUUUUACGACUUUGUUUUUUAUAGACCAAAUUCAAGUGUAACAGAAAGGUGUGUUGGGGGAGGGGAGGGGUGCUUAUUUCCUGGUUCGACUAAAGAGGUGUGCACAUACUUUUGAAUGCGGAUGCUAUUUGUUAGUAAUGGUUAUGUUGUGGAAAUGAGGUAAGCUUUAAAGUUAAUUUGGACACCAUGAAAAAAAUUUUAAAGCACAUGUAUUUGUUUUGUGCAAAUGUGAACUUUUUAGCCAACAUUCUUGUCAUUUUUAGAAUUAGAGUGAUAAAUAAAAAGCCCAGUUUGUUACUUGUAUACCAUAACUACUGUCUCUCUGAGUGUUUCAAUUUCUUUAAAGCGUAUAUUGCAGAGGCCGAGUCAUCGAAACAAAGAGUUCAGGAUGAAAAGGAGGUAGGUAGACUUUUAUUGGAUGUUUUGGCUUACAUGUCCAAAAUGUAAAACAUUACAAGUCAUGUAAGGGUGUAUUAGCAUUAUGUGGUCAGUGGAAGUUCAAAAUGGCUAUAAUGUUUUCAAGUUGAGAUUCAUUGUACAGAAUUGCACUUGUCUACUUCUAAUUUUUGCUAAAAUGCCCGUAAGGUAAAAUGUCCACAAUCUGUUUUGUGAUUGGUUACAUUAAGGGUGUUAGUUUCUUUGUUUCUUUCUUCAUAGUUACACAAAUUUUUGAGGUGGAAAGUAAGGCAAAAUUUGUGUACACCAGGACCUUGCUCUGUGGAUAAUUUAAUAAUAAUUAUUACAUUUUCGGUUAAUAGUUAUCUACUGAAUAGAGAUAUAUCCAUCGAAUAGCGCUAUCCAACUUCUGAACAGCUUAGGCUAGCUCUAUAAUUGCUUGUUAUAAUUGGUAAACUGAGUUAAAUGGCCCACAGUAUUUUUUGUAAGUCUCACUAUAGCUUAGUGGCAAGAGCAUUGCUUUUGCCAUUAACAUACAUUUUGUUACUAAGUGUGGAAUAUCAUAUUUAUCAAUAAUUUUUAGGCUGUUGAUGUAGCAGGUCAAGGGAAUGGAGAUUUAAUACGAGACUCUAUCAACAGACUGCAGAAAGCCAGUCUUGUUACUUCCCAGUACUCUGAGGCUACAAGGAGAUUGGUCAGAGUUCUUGAUAAUAGUAGGUGUAAUUUGUAUUUGGGACAUGACUGAUUUGUGUAAAAUAUGUUGAUAUAAUUGAACAGGUCUCACACAUAAGAAUUUUUUCCUUUAAAUUAAUUCAACACUUGGAAAGAACCUCCUUGUAAAACAUGAUAAACAGUAACACAGGAAAAUACUUAUCUGCAGUACCUUUCAUUUGAAUGGUGUACUUGAUGAUUUCAUCCACAGAUUUGAAAGUUUCAAAUACCUUCUACAGAUAAAUAAAUUGUGCCAGUGGAAAGAACUGCUCAGUUAAGCUUUCAUUUUAGUGGUCACACAUUAGCAUUUCAUCUACAAGUUAAGAUGUUAGCACCACCUUUUACAAUGGAAGGAACAAGCUUAAAGGUUUAUUGGUGGAGUUAAUAUUAUGUUACAACCCUCUUUUCAGCUUUUCGCCAUUCUUAUUGCAACUUUAUUAUCCCAUUAUAGAUGCAAACAAAACCUUGUUUCGAUGCUAUGGGGGCUUCCAGAUUACUGAGUUCAAUAAGAUUUUUAGAAAGUAAGUAUUAAUCCUGCAAAUUACACUGUAGCAACUAUCUUUUCUGUUAUCGUACAUGUAGACGUUUUUGUAAUAGUGAAAUUCAACUUGGAUUAAAAUUGUUUGAGACAAAUAAUUUAUAGUUGACCUGUGCUUAAUUUUGACCUGUGCUUUGACCUGUAACAGAUAUAUUAGGUAAUUAUUAUUUAGAGAAACCUUGUUACUUUGGGAAAUUUUUUUAGAGUUUUGGUACAUUGCGGUCUGUAAUAUUCAUGUGAAAAUCAACAUUAUUGUAUAAUAUUGUUAUCAUUAGAACUGCAUGUUAUCAGAAUUUGAAUACGGUAUCCCCUGUCAUUUGUAGAUAUUGGGAAGGGACUGAUGUAUGUAUCAUGUUGGAAGAUAUUGACUUUGUUUGUGAAGUUGUACGGAUUCUGAUGCAAGCCUGCACUGACAAUGGUAAUUCUUUUGUUGCAUCUGAAAGCCAUGUUCCCAUUUUCAUUUCUUUUUUUCAAGUUUAUCUCAGUUGGAAUGAAACUGUGAUUCAUGACGGCCAGAGUUAUGAGUAAAAUUAUUGUCAUGAUUUUCUAACUUAAAAGACAGUCUGUUGCAUUGCCAUUUUGUAGUUUCAAGAAUAAACAAAAAACUUUGAAAAUACCGUGACAUAUAUAUUCCAUGUCUGCUGUUAAGGGCCAGGAGUCACAGAUUUCCCUUGGUGACUAUGAGCAUGAAUCCUGGCUACUUCAUGGGAAACAAAAGGAAAAUAUAACCAAGAGAACCUACCAGUUGUUCAGUCCCCUGCCUACUAAUACAUACACGUGGCAACUUGACACUAGCCCUGCUAAGCCCCAUAACAAAUCUUCUGAUCUCUCACACACAUUUGUCCAGUUAAUCAUUUUUGCUGAAACUAGUCAGUCACAAAAUAUCAUGAAAUAAUUAUUAUGAGUGUUGAAAAGAACUGUUUUCUCUUGUUUCGUUGUAGAUUAUAAUGUUGAAGAAUUUCUGAAAAAAGACCACUCUUCCUGUUUCAAUCACCUUCUGAGAGAUCCCACCUCUACAGUGAUAAGAACAGCGGUAACAUCAUUCCUGCAUCAGCUUUCACAAACAGAAAAGGGAAGACUAGGUCUAACAAAAUGUAGAGAUAUUAAAUGGUGAGGCUUAUUGCUGCUAUUAUAAUUCCUGCAUUUGUUAAUCAGCAUGAAUGUUGUCUGAUUUGAUCUCAUUGUUGAUUGUUUAGGGUCUUACAGACUUUUUCUUUUGACAUGUCAAAACUAGUAUUGUGGUAUUAAAGUGUAAGCUUACUGCUAGGCAGUAACAGCUAGUGGCUUUUAUUUGAUUUUGUAGGGUAUCAGAAGCCCUGUUUUUACUUGUACAAAGAGGAACCAAUACUGCAGUUGUAGCAAUGUCAACCAUUAAUAAUUUAGCUCUAGAACAAGGGUAAGUAUUUUCGUGUUCAUUGCAUACACCAAAUAUCCUUUUUAAAGCACUGUUACGUAAUAUCACUGGUAAACGGUCUUUUUCUGUUAUUGACCAAAUUACAUGCAGAUUGUGCCAACUGAACAUCUUUUUUUCAGAUUUUGUGAAAGAAUCAGGGACUUAGUUGACAAAGACUUCCUGAGCAUUUCUCAUAAGUUUGUGGUAAGGAAGACUCGCAUAGUGCACUUAUAUAUUCUGUUAGACAUGUUAAGAUCUACAGGUAAUGGCUUUAUUUUAAAACUGGGGCUGGUGAAAGUGAACAGUUGUCAUGGUCCCAGCCAGUUACAGACACUUGAUUUUUACACUCCAUAAGGUGAUGUUACACGAGGCGAUUCACAACAACGAUUUUUGGCGCAACAAAGUAUCACAGCAUUGUUGCGAUGUUGUUUUGAAUAGUUGCAACAUGGUUGCAACAUUGCAACGCAGAGUUGAGCUAAUAAUCAUCGUUACCUUAUCACCUUUAGCAGACACCUCUCCUAAGCAGACUUUUAGUCGUGGUACCAGUAACAACUUUAAAAAUUUCUUUCUCCUUUUUCUGUAGUUAAAGCUUUGUGAAGGAAGCUCAAAGGCUGCCCAUGAACCAACAGACAACUGGUCUUUAGUUUCGUCUGGUCUGUCGGCAUUGGCCAAUAUGGCAAGAGACACCUACAUUAGAAACAAGAUUGCUGAAGAACAGCAAUGGUGGCAAACUAGUGUCAAAUUCCUGGUUGGUAGAUUUUUUUGUUGUUAUUCUCAUUCUUCUACAGUGGAAUCUUGAUUUUUCAUCCCUCCAUGUUGAACCUGUGGAUUAUUUGAACAAAUUUCCAUUUCCCAUUUGAUUUCUUACCCCCCUACCCCCAUCCCCCACCCCCAAGCCAGUUUUUCAGGGCCUCGAAUGAUCCCUUGAGGCAGUAUUUUUGCCCGUGGUCAGUAUUUUAAGAAAUCUUGUUUACUUGUAUAUGUGAUGUAAAAAUGAAAAAUGUGGAUGUAGCAUCUUUUAACAACAAAAAUCGUCAAUCAAGAACCUUUUGUCUCUUCAAGUUUGAACUGGGAUUUGAAAAUGUUAGUUUUUGAGAGAGGGAAUAACUGAAGUGCUGGGAGCAGACCUUUUUUAUACAAGGAAGAAGGCCAGCAACAAUCGCAACCUCGCACAUAUGAACACAACUGCUUGAAGAAUUUGCUUACGCAGGUACAGACGUUACAUUUUCAAAUCUGCUUUUUUUUUUAAGGAUUCCCAUAUUCGUGGAAUUAAAGAUCAAAAAGUGAGGUGCUCUGUAUUUUCGCUACUGGCUCUGCUGGCAAACAUUUCAACGCAACCGAACCAAUAUCAAAAGGUUAGUAUUAAGUUACGCAAGAAUUUCUCAUAGUGCUUGAGUGGUUGUUCAGGAAAUCAUGUUUUAUGCAUUAUGUUUCUUGCAUUUAAAAAUAUAAACGGACUGACAUGCACUUGCAUGACAAAGUAAAAUUAUUUUUGUCUAGCUUUAAAACAGACCUUUUGUUUUAUUUUUGAUUGGUUUUAGGACGUAGCAACUAAGUUGAUUCCAUCACUUAUUGAGAUGCUCAACACUGGAUAUGAUGAAAUUUGUGAUGUAUGUAAAAUUAUACCAAACCAUGCUGACCAAUAGUGGGCUUAGGCAACAGGAAGGCAGAAAGGAGAGGGGCGACAAAUGUGAUAUUGCAUGUUUUGUCACGAUUUUCAGUUAACAUUACUGUGUUCUGGUCUUUUACAAAAAGAUCAAGUUUGGUGGAAUUUUUCUUCAAACAUAAUAUUAUUGUCAUGUAUGUUGUCUUCCAUCUUCAAUCCUGUUGCACAAGUUCAGUAAUUGCUUUGCUGGCCUGUAUAUUAUGCAGUACAAGUUGGUUCUAGUUGUUUAGUCUCUGGAUAAAAUCCUGGCAUGUUAUUAUUCAAAUGAAAGGUAACUAGUAAAUCUUCUUUGCAGUGUUUGUAAUUUAGAAAAAAAUUAGUAAACUUUUCAAGGUUUUGCCAACGUGAUAGGCAUGUUUAAGUUGAUGUCUUUCCGUUAACAUCUGCAAGUUCUUUAUAGAAGAUUCUGUCUCUUUUUGAAGGAUAGUUUAAUAUGUACAGACAAUUUUGGUAACUUAUCUCUUUUUAUAAAUGUUUCAGCGCAGCCUUGGAACUCUGAGACAUUUGCUGGCUCAUUCAACGGAAGCUUUAAAUUCAGCUUGUGAUCAGAAAAUUCAUAUCCAUGUCAUAAGAAUCCUCAAGGUAAGUUUUUAAUACAUUUCAGGGAAAUGCAAAAGCUGAAUUAUAGAUGUAGAAAUAAGCUUGUUGCGGCAUGAGAUGUCAUUGUCAUGAUUUGAUUUGCACCCUAGCGAUAAAGUCGUGAUGUUGCUCUAGGGGCUGCCAAAUAAGACAAAGGGUUGUCAAGGGGUAAAUGGAUGGCUGCUGAACUGUCGUUUCUGCUUUACUUCUUAGCUACAUACCUCCAAACUGACCAUGGAUUGUUUGUAUUUAUAUCAUUCCACAGCUAGUUAUUCUAAGCAGUCAUUUCCAAGUAGGAUGGGGAGCAAGCACUCGAGAAACUGUGAAAAAAUAUUCCAUUAAGAUUCUUGCACUUUGUACUAUGGAGAGAAAAGAUGCAAGAGAUGGAAUUAUGAGUGAGAAAUGUGAGUACACCUGAUAAUCCUAAUUUUCGUGUGCCUGUAUUCUGCAAGGGAUAUUGUCAUCGUAUAAGCAUCACUCAUGUGUUUUCUUUUGGCUCUUUUCACAGCCCUGGAUUUUUUAGUUCAGUUACUCCACCAUGAGGACGAAGUCAUAAUCGGAAAUACAGCUUUGUGCCUUAGUCACUGUGUAGACAUGAGUAAGUAAAAUAAAUGAAUAAGUCACCGUGACGGAAGCAGUUCACUUACAGUUGAGGCGGUGCACAGUAGGGCACUCUUACCUUCUGACGUCAUAGUUUUGGCAAUGCUGCGCGCUAAGAGACUUUUGGCGGGAAACAGUUAUAUUGCUGCCUCGUACCCAGGCGCGUUGUAGCGGAUUCGUAAUCGAGAGUGAACGGAGCGAUUAUGGUCAGCGUCUUUUGCACCAUCGCUCAAAAUUCACGAGGUUCCAUUGCGCGAUACUCCUUGAUCGCUGGCAGUCGCGUUUUUUUUUUUAUCAAACACUUGAGACACCUAGGAAGGAGGCAGGUUCCAUGGUUAAAAGUCAUGUGACCAAUGUGACCACAUAAUUGCCAAUGACAGCAUGCACGGUUUGUAACAACUCCAAUUAGUUGACCAAUUAGGUCGAUGCUAUCAUGUCGACUUUGACUCUGGUAAUAACUUCACCAGCAAUCCUACUGAGGGCUGUACUCAGCUAUACUCAACCAUGCUAUCACAUUCAACUGAACAUAGUUAUGGUUACUCUUUUACAACAGAGGAAGUGAGUGAUCAUCUCGCUGGAGUCAACGGCGUGGUGGAAAUUCUACUGAAACAUGCUACAAACGAGAAAUUAAGCAAUGAGGUCAAGCAGAAUGCUGCCAUUUGUUUAGCAAAACUUGCUACAGCGGAUGAAAGGUAAAUUGGAGAUCAUCAAUAACUCAUUAACAAAAUAAAACUUUUAUGUCCUAUUCAAAAAACGAGCAGGAGUGUUUUUAUCAGGUUUAAAAACUCUUGGCUUCCACUCGAGUUUUUACACGUGAUAAUACAAGACUGCGGGUUUUUUGACGGGCUUCAAAAUCUCUGAUAUAGAUCCACUCAUUCUUGCACUAAUAUUCAGAUUUGGGGUUAUUUUGGUCUAAAAAUUGGACGUAAAGUUUAGCUGUGUCUUUAUCAGAUAUAGACGCUAAUAAUUUCUUUUGUUUAGUUGCGAGUUUUAUUUUCCUUAGCCUCUUUAGUACACUAUUUUUAAUGAUAAAGUGUUUUCACUUGAAUCGAAUGUACUUUAUCAGUAUUUCAUUAACGAUGUACGUAGUAAAAAAAAAUUCUUAUAAAAUGAACGUUAUAAAUGAUUGAAUACUAUAUAAUACUAGAUUGCUGGAAUAAAUCUUGUUCUAUUUCAUACAAAUUUUCCAGGCAUCUUGAAAAACUGCGAGAGAUGCACGGACUGGAGGUUCUUCACUCAGUGAUUCAAGAAACUAACCUCAGAUGA